GACCCUCCUUGGAAGAGACUGGGGCUGGAGUGCCUUUUGGACCUGGGGACCAGAGCCCUCCUGAGUUUCCAGAAAUGCCCCAGCAUUGGCUUGUCACUUUGAGCUGCCUUGCAGCCUCUCUUCUCCUCCCUGCAGCUGUUGGCACCCGAAGAAGAGAAGCUUGCGAUUGCAAUGGGAAAUCCAGACAGUGCAUGUUUGACACUGAAUUACUCAGACGAACAGGAAAUGGUUACGUGUGCCUCAAUUGUAUUGACAACACAGAGGGGCCUCACUGCGAACGGUGUAAGGAGGGUUUCUAUCGGCAGCGUGAUCAAAAUGGUUGUGUGGCAUGCAACUGCAACCCUACAGGUUCUGUUGGAGCACAGUGUAAUAACCAGGGUCGAUGCCACUGCAAAUCUGGUGUGAGAGGUGAUAAAUGUGACCGAUGCCAGCACAAUUUCCAUUCCUUCUCAGAGGCUGGCUGCUUACCUGCCGGGCAGACACAGAUUUCCCGCUGUAAUUGUGAUCCAGAUGGAAGCACAGGGGAAUGCGUGUCAGGACGCUGCAUUUGCAAAACAGCAGUUACAGGAGAUCAAUGCAACAGUUGCAAGCAGGGCUAUUAUAACCUCGAUGCAGGAAAUCCAGAAGGCUGCUCUCAAUGCUUCUGUUCUGGACACUCAACUACAUGUACUAGUGCAAAAAACUAUAGCGUGCAUAAGAUUGCCUCUUCUUUCCAACAAGGAGAUGAAGGCUGGCAAGCUCAUGGAAAUGGGUCCCCUUUUCAGCUCCAUUGGUCUCCCUACCAUAAGGAAGUUUAUGUGGCAAAAAGAAGAUCAGGUCCUAUCUAUUUUGUGGCGCCAGACAAGUUCCUUGGAAACCAGCAGCUGAGUUAUGGGCAGACAGUGUCUUUUGAUUAUCGCGUGAACCGACCUGGACAUCACCCUUCUCACCAUGAUGUUGUCUUGGAAGGAGCUGGUUUUAAAAUCAGCACUCCUCUUGCACCCCAUGGAAAGGUGCUGUCUUGUAGAGCCAGCAAGACAUACACAUUCAGGUUGGAUGAGCACCCAAGCAGUAACUGGAAUCCUAGGCUGAGUAAAACAGAGUAUCACCAAUUAAUUGGGAACUUGACAUCUCUUCGAAUCAGAGCUACUUUUGGAGAAACCACAGGCUACCUCAGUAACAUCAAUUUGGUUUCGGCACGGCCAGAACCUGGUACACCAGCACCCUGGGUGGAACAAUGUGUGUGCCCGACUGGAUAUCAGGGGCAAUUCUGUGAGAAAUGUGCUCCAGGAUACAAGAGAGAGGAUUUUGCUAGACGUGGAGCUCUCGGCAACUGUGUGCUGUGCAGUUGCCAGGGAGGAGGACUCUGCGACCCAGACACAGGAGAAUGUUAUUCUGGAGAUGAAAACAUGGAGCCUAUACACGCUGCCUGCCCAGCUGACUAUUACCGGCCCACUUGGAACCCACAGAGCUGCCAACCGUGCCCUUGUCAAAGAGGACAUGGCUGUUCGGUCCGACAGAGUACAGGAGAAAUUGUUUGCAACAAGUGCCUUCCAGGCACUGAUGGAGUUCGCUGCGAGUUUUGUAUCUCUGGCUAUUUUGGAGACCCUUUGGGUGAACAAGGUCCAGUACGGCCCUGCCAACCAUGCCGGUGUCAAAACAUUGACCCAAAUGCUUCCUUGAUGUGCAACCAAUUGACAGGGGAAUGCCAUUGCAGGGAUGGGUUCUUUGGAAAUCCUGUGUCUCCUAACCCAGCAGAAAAAUGCCGAGCUUGCAAUUGUAAUCCAGUAGGAACUGUUGAGCCCCUGCAGUGUCAGAGAGAUGGAAGCUGCAUUUGUAAGCCAGGAUUCGAAGGACGAAGCUGCGAACACCGUCUCCUCUGUCCAGCCUGCUACAGUCAAGUGAAGAUUCAGGUAGAUCAGUAUCUCCAGAGACUACAAGGACUUGAAACACUUGUACACCAGAUAAAAACCAAUGGAAACCAAGGAGAUAAUGCAGAACUAGAGAGGAAGAUGCGAGAGGCUGAAGAGAUGCUCCAACAAGUCUUGAGAGAAGCCCAGCACUUACAAGCCUCUGACAGGACCUUGGGGAGCCGCCUGUCAAAGAUGAAGGCUCAAGGUUUGACCUACCAGAGUCGUUUGGAUGAGAUAAACGAGACAACUGACAGACUGCAGUCUUUGGAAAGACAAUACCAAAGCCAAGUGCAAGAUACCAGGAGGCUGGUGGCAAGAGCGCGUACAGAUUUGGAGCAAAGCAAAGCACAAAUGGAAGGCAUGGUUAUUCCAUCUCCAGGCAUCCCUGGGGGUUCAAACAGUUUUUUAAACCUGGCCCAAGAAGCAAUGGAGUUAGCAAAUAGCCACAUGCAACUGGCAAAUACCAUUGAGCAAGCAUCCCGUGCCGCAGAAGAUGCUUCCCAACAGGCAUUAACAUUGCUGCAGCCAUAUUUGAGUGGAGAAACCAUACUGGCCAACUCUGCACAUGGGCUUCAAGAAAAAUAUGAUGAAGUAAAGCUGCUCUCAAGUGCAUUGGAAGCCGAUGCUGGCAGAGCUGCGUCUGAUGCCAAUAAGGUCUACCAGGAUAGCCAGUUGUUGUUUGGCUCUCUGGCACGCUUACCAAAGGUUGACAUAAACUUCUUUCAGGGAGAAGCCACUCAACUCCGGCAGAGAGCAGACUCCUUAUCAAACUUAGUGGAAACGUACAUGGCAGAAUACAGACGGCUACAAGGCAACAUCAAGAACUGGGAGGAUGAGAUGAAAAUGCAGUUGCAAAAAGGACAAAAUGACAGACUGGUGUCAAUCCAACUGUUGUCCCGUGUCAACCUCGCCAAGAGUAAAGCCCAGCAGGCACUGAGUGCUGGCAAUGCUACUUUUGAUGAAGUUGAUAGCAUCUUAAAGAAUUUGCGAGAGUUUGAUCUUCGAGUAGGAGACAGGCAAGCAGAGGCCAGAGAUGCCAUGCGAAAGCUUCCUCUCAUCAGCGGUAUGAUUGCCAGUGCCAAUGAGAAGACAACGCGUGCGGAAGCAGCCCUGGGCACUGCCGUAACAGAAGCUGGAUCAGCCAGGAGAAUGGCUGGAGAAGCAAGGGAAAUAAUUGGUGGCAUUGAUCAGGAAAUAAGGCGAUUGGCUUUGGAAGCCAACAGGACAGCAGAUGGAGUGCUAACCCUGGAGCAAGGGAUUGUGUCUCUGCGGAAAGAGACCAAAGAUACGGAAAGUGAGCUACAAAAAAAGGCAUUGGAGGUUGACAUGGAUGCCACCAUGGCCCAGGAAGCUCUUCAAAUGUCACAGAGCGCCAAGGCAGAUGCUGGCAGUGCUGGGAUGGCUGUCCAAGACCUGCUGAGAACAUUAGAAGAUGUUUUACGAAUGAUGGAGCAACCUGAGUCCUUGGAUGAUCAAGGUGUGACUUCGCUUGAGAUGAAUCUCAAUAAGGCCAGAAAAAGACAUAAUCAAUUGAAAGAGCUAAUGUUACAACUGGAGCAAACAGCCAGCCGACAGAAACUUCAGGUUCAGACACUGUAUAAGAGCAUUAUAGAGAUCAACGCUGAUAUCAAGAACCUGGAGGAGAUACGGGAUAAUCUCCCUCCCAAGUGUUAUAAUGUUCAACCCAUUGAGAGACCUUGAAGAUUUGCGAGGUAGGGGAAGCAAACUCACAAAUAUUCCUUCUGCCAAUACUUGGACUCAGCAUCUGGAUCAGAGUAAUGAUUUGGGAUGAUGCAGGAGAUCCAUCCCUCCUAAGGCUAGAUAGACUCAUUUCAAGUUGCAUUACCGUCAUGCAGCCAUUAAUCAGUUGGGACAGUACUGAAAGCUAUUCCAAUUGAUCCAGUCCUGGGGAGCAAGAAAUAAAAGAUGCCCUGACUUACUGUGUGGACUCUGUUGGAGCCAGGCGCUGAAUUACUAUAUUUUUUCCAGCUCUGAUUAUCUUUCUCCAAAUCUGGAGAAGGAUGGACGCUUGGAAGAAUUGCGUUUUGGACUAUAAUUCCCAGAAUCCUCAAGGUCCCAUUGACAGUGGCCAUGUAGUCUUAUGAAACUGUGGGAGGUGUAAUCCAAAAGUGUAAAUCUUCCAAGCUUUGUUUCUGAUUCCAUUAAAUCAGGGGUCCUCAAACUAAGGCCUGGGGGCCGGAUACAGCCCUCCAAUGUCAUUUACCCGGCCCUCGCUCAGGGUCAACCUAAGUCUGAAACAACUUGAAAUCGCACAACAACAACAACAAUCCUAUCUCAUCAGCCAAAAGGAGGCCCACACUUCUCAUUGAAAUAAUAAUGAGUUUAUACUAGUUAAAUUGUCUUCAUUUUAAUUAUUGUAUUGUUUUAAAGUGAUUUUUGCACUACCAAUAAGAUAUGUGCAGUGUGCAUAGGAAUUAAUUUAUGUUUUUUUUUUCAAAUUAUAAUCUGAUCCUCCAACAGUUUGAGGGACUGUGACGUGGCCCUCUGUUUAAAAAGUUUGUGGACCCCCGCAUUAAAUUAAUUGCCCCCCGUUAUCAAUUGUUUUGUUACUUCAAGUAACUUGUUGAGAUUAACUUCACAAUUCAGCAGCAGAACAGUUGCACAACUUCAGCGCUUUCCAGUAGCUUCUUCCUGCACAGUAUUUUCAGUCAACUGCUCCCACAGCCUGCAGUCACGCUGGAACCUUUUACAGACACUUGAGCACAUGCCCGGCCAUUGUCAGUUUUACCAUUGUCCUUCCUCCAGUCUAGAUGAUAUUACAAGCUUACCACAGCACACAGUUAUAUCU